AUGCCCAGCAUAUGGUCCUGUUCGUCGUGCGCCGUUGUCCUCGUCUUCGCGGUUCUCGGGAGAGAUGCAUCGGCGUCGCAUGUGGGGAGGGAAUGGAGGGAUGUGCACAGAAUCCCGAAGGCGCAAAUAACUGCGCACCUGGACCUGGUGCGCCGAGAUGAUGGAGCCUGCCCGACCGAGCACACGUCUUGCGCCGCGUCACUGAACGGCGGCUGCUGCCCUUCUCGAUAUGCCUGCGCGGUAGAUUCAUGCUAUGCGACAACUGCUGGACCUACAACAGCUUGUGGGAAAUCAGGGUUCUACGCGUGCACGGUCAACGGACAAACCGUGACCGAAACCGAGACAGCCGUGACGGUUAUCACCCCGACCAUUCCCACCGAGACCGUUUACGACACAGACGCCGCCGUCAAAUUCAUUCCGACCAGCGUCCCCAAGGUCCCAGCAAGUUCUCCAUCCAGCGAAUCCAAUGGGGGCCUGAGUGGUGGCGCAAUUGGAGGCAUCAUCGGCGGCGUAGUGGUUUUGUUGAUUGUGGUGAUAGUCGCGGCAUUCCUCAUAAUCCGCCGACUAAAACAGGUCGAAGACGUGAUGGAAUCCAAGCGCGGCUCAUCCAGCGGCAAGAAAUCCCAAUCCCAGUCACAGGCACAAAAGGAGCACUAUGGCCGCCAACUGCACUCCGACAUGGACGACAUGAGCGUCGACCCCCUAAUGGUGCCACCAUCCGUCACCACCGCCAACAACAGCACCUCACCGACCCCCCAACCAGGCGGAGGCGGCGCCGCCAGCUCACGCGGACGCGCCGACUCGGCCGGCUUCACCCCAUCCCCCAACAUGUUCCCCGACGACCGCUCGCGGCACGCCAGCCCCGACUUCAGCGCGGGCUACUUCGACGUGCCCCCCGGACCAGCCCACCCCUACAACACCCCCGCCGCCGCCUCGCUCCAGCAACAACCCAUGCAGGCCGCGCGCAUCCGCGCCAGCACCGACAGCGCCAGCACCACCCACCACCGCGGCUACGCCUACACCCACUGGCGCCAGCAGAGCAACGCCAGCGAACUAUCCGCCGACGGCAGCGACCACAACGGCGCCGGCGGCAUGGGCAGCCCCUACUUCGCCCCGACGGGCGCACCGACCGCGCCCACGGCCAUGCCCGAACUCGACGGCUCCGGCGGCUUCGUCGAACUACCCGGCGCCAUUGCCGCCACCGGUGGUGGCCACGGGCCCGGGCCCGGGCCGACGGUGACGCACCACACCACCACGGGCGGCGUCAGAAGCCGCUCCAGCAGCAACACCAGCAUCGGCGGCGGCGGCGGUGGUGGCGUGCGCGGGCAUGUGAGGCGGCGGAGUGAUAGCGUGCAGGGACCCGGCGGGGGUGGGGGUCAGGGGCUGGAUGCGGCGGCGGGGCUGGAGCCGUUGGAUGAGGGCGCGGAGAUCCAUGGGUAUUAUGGCCGGCGCGAUCAGCAGGCGGGGCAGACGGCCGCGGGGUUGGAUGGUGGCGUGGGUGGGCAGUGGGAUGGGAGUGGUGGGUAUCACCAUCCUGGUGGGGGACAGCCGCCACAAGGAUCGCAGGGGUUGUAG